CCAAGCACACCGCAGCCACAGACGCGGCUCCCAUUCUGGAGCCAUCCAAACUUUUUCUUUCUCUUUUGCCCCCUCUACAAAGGCGACUUACGAAGUGGGCGGACAGGUCGGCGGCCAAGCCUGAGGCUAGCCGAACGCAGCAUGAUGCUCAGAAUGUGGGAGGCUCUGGCAGCUCUGGCGGCUGUGGCGUGCCUGGUGGAAGCCGUACGCGGGGGACCGGGGCUCAGCAUGUUCUCGGGCCAGGCAGCUCAACCUGACCCCUGCUCUGACGAAAAUGGGCACCCCCGUCGCUGCAUCCCGGAUUUCGUUAACUCGGCUUUUGGCAAGGAUGUGAAAGUGUCCAGCACCUGCGGGCGACCCCCAGCCCGCUACUGCGUGGUGGUGGAGCGCGGAGAGGAGCGGCUGCGCUCUUGCCACCUCUGCAACGCUUCUGACCCCAAAAAAGCGCACCCGCCCACGUUCCUCACUGAUCUCAACAACCCGCACAACCUGACCUGCUGGCAAUCCGAGAACUACCUGCAGUUCCCGCACAAUGUAACACUCACUCUUUCCCUGGGCAAGAAGUUUGAGGUCACCUACGUGAGUCUCCAGUUCUGCUCACCAAGGCCCGAGUCCAUGGCAAUCUAUAAGUCCAUGGACUAUGGGCGCACUUGGGUGCCUUUCCAGUUCUACUCUACGCAGUGCCGCAAGAUGUAUAACCGCCCCCAUCGGGCUCCCAUCACCAAGCAGAACGAGCAAGAGGCUGUGUGCACCGACUCACACACAGAUAUGCGCCCGCUGUCCGGUGGUCUGAUUGCCUUCAGCACGCUGGACGGGCGGCCCUCUGCGCACGAUUUUGAUAACUCUCCCGUCUUGCAGGACUGGGUCACGGCCACAGAUAUCCGCGUGACCUUCAAUCGGCUACACACCUUUGGUGAUGAGAACGAAGAUGACUCAGAGUUGGCGCGAGACUCUUACUUCUACGCUGUUUCUGACCUGCAGGUGGGCGGCCGCUGCAAGUGCAACGGCCAUGCGGCCCGCUGUGUGCGUGACCGCGACGAUAGCUUGGUGUGUGACUGCAAGCACAACACAGCUGGACCAGAGUGCGACCGCUGUAAGCCAUUUCAUUACGACCGGCCCUGGCAGCGGGCCACUGCCCGGGAAGCCAACGAGUGCGUGGCCUGUAAUUGCAACCUGCAUGCCCGCCGCUGCCGCUUCAACAUGGAACUCUACAAGUUAUCCGGGCGCAAGAGUGGGGGUGUCUGCCUCAACUGUCGGCACAACACCGCUGGACGCCAUUGUCACUACUGCAAGGAAGGCUAUUAUAGAGAUAUGAACAAACUGAUCACUCACAGAAAGGCUUGCAAAGCAUGCGAUUGCCACCCCGUGGGUGCAGCUGGCAAGACCUGUAAUCAAACCACGGGUCAAUGUCCCUGCAAAGAUGGUGUGACUGGUAUCACGUGCAAUCGAUGUGCCAAAGGUUAUCAGCAAAGCCGUUCUCCCAUUGCCCCCUGUAUAAAGAUUCCUGUGGCUCCACCCACCACUGCAGCCAGCAGCAUAGAGGAGCCAGAAGACUGUGAUUCCUACUGCAAGGCCUCCAAAGGGAAGCUGAAGAUUAACAUGAAAAAGUAUUGCAAGAAGGACUAUGCUGUCCAGAUCCACAUUUUGAAGGCUGAUAAGGUUGGAGACUGGUGGAAGUUCACAGUCAACAUUAUCUCCGUAUACAAACAGGGUACUAGCCGGAUCCGGAGGGGUGACCAGAGCUUGUGGAUCCGCUCAAGAGAUGUGGCUUGUAAGUGCCCUAAAAUUAAAUCUUUGAAGAAAUACCUGCUUCUUGGAAAUGACGAGGACUCUCCUGAUCAGAAUGGCAUUGUGGCCGAUAAAACCAGCUUGGUGAUCCAGUGGAGGGACACAUGGGCACGGCGGCUCCGGAAAUUCCAGCAGCGGGAGAAGAAGGGGAAGUGUAAGAAGGCCUAGUAAGGAGCAGCCUGAGCUCCAGUGCCAAGAGGGCUUGAAAGAGAGAAUGCGUGCAAGAGAAUGAUUGAUCGAUGGAGUGUGCAGCAGCUUUGUGUAGACCCUGGAGCAGACAGAAUUGGAAUGGGGAUGGUGGUGGAUUUCACUUUGUUAUGGGACUGGGGCUAGGGCUGGGGCUGGGACUGGGGAGAAGGUGAGGGGGUGGGAAUUACAGGGCUGGGAGUGCCCUCCUACUACUGGGACAGAUGCCACUAAACACAAAGCAAGCAGCCAUGGGAAGUUGGGGCCUAGCCUAAGGCCUCAAAUGGCAACAUCCCUUCCUAGCUAGCACCCCUGUUGGUGAGGGGAAGGCAAGCCACGUAUACCCAUAAUUGUGGAAACCUGCAAAAGCUGCUGGUUUCAAAGUCCCCCCUCCUCCCAAACAGGAUGUAUACCCUGCAGUCAAGCCCAGUGCUUCUGCAGCUGCUGCUGCUGCUACAGCCUGUCCAUAUCCCCUCCCUCAGUCCCAAAGGGCCUGAUAUUGGAUGAGAAUUCAGUCAGAGGACAGACAAUAUGGACAGGUAACCUUUCCUUAAUGGGCCUUGGUUUUACUUGGCAAAAUGAGGAUGCUAUUGACCUACCUCAUGGGGCUAUUCAGAGAUCAAAAGUGCUUCCUUUCCAAGUACUAAGUAUUAUUAUUAGUGAGAAAUCACUGAGUGUGUGUUGUUCAUUUUGCACAGCUGGCCUAGGUAGGUAGCAUGUACAGGGUUCUGCCUGAAUCUUAACAAGUUUUGGGAGGAACACUUUCAUGUUACUUGAAUUCAAAUGUAUUAUUAAAAUCUUGGUGUUGGCAAUGAAGCAAACUGUGGUAUGAACCGAAUUAGGAUAGCUGUGAACUCUUGGACUAACAAUUUAGGCAAUUUAACCAAGAGUAGGCUGGAUUUCUUAGAGCAACAAUGCAGGGUAUUAGCAUACCAGAGUCCUUCCUCUACCUACUCCAUUUCUUCUGACAUUCAGUUUCCAGAUCCCUCUGCCUCUCUUUGGAGACUUUGCAUUUGGCCCUGUCCUUCCUCCCCACCCCCCUUUUUAAUUUCUCCCAGACUACUACAGGCUAGUUUGAAUACCCUAGAAUAUAGCCCUUCCAAAAUCGAGGAAACAGAGUGGCACCCCAAUAACCCACUUGUCAAUAGUGGAAAUGGAAAGUUAAAUCAAUUGACAUGCAUUUAUUAAACCCCUACUGUAUAGCCAGAUCAAGUUGUGUGGGUCUUGGAGCAAGCAGGAUCCCUAUCACAGUGGCUCAGCUCACAGCUUACUGGGCCAGUCAGUGUUCAGGAAGGAUUUGGGCUCUCUAAGGUGCCCAGUCCCUGGGAGUCCUAGAAGAUUACUUCAGAGAGGCCCCAAGUUGGGUGGGCAGCCAGUGCUGUUUCCAUCUCAAACAGAGGAGGCCUGGAGGAGUCAAAGUCAAAACCUCCCAGAUCGUUUCCUCUUUGGAAACUUGGAACUAGCCCUUAUAACAUUUUCCAGCAGGAGAGGGGUGGGGGAAGGGAGCCUUGCUGCCUAAUUUUAUAGCAGUGACAUUGUUUAUAUAAUGACAUCAGUUCCCAGAAUGCAGUGCAACUGGAAGGUGCCUGGAGAGCAAGUAGAAUGAAGGGUGGGGUGUGUGGGGUGUUAGUGGACCCCUAGUCCUAGGGAAAAUGAUUUGUUCUAAGCUAGAAUGGCUAGGGAGGCCUACAAAGCCAACCCUAGAAGUGAAGGCUAGGUUUUACAUGUCAGUCAUUCACUCCCCUCCUCCUUUCCUUGCCAGUGAAACUGCUGGAAAGGCUUAUUUGAAAUAAUCCUCUAGCUCUGCCCUCAGGUUAUAUUUCCUUUUGGCAGGUUUCAGAUCCUCAUGGGGACUACUAACCUGGCCAAGAACUAAGGGAUCAGGGCCAAGGAAGCCUGCUAUUGCAUCUCCUAUCUAACAUAUCUCAAAGCCCCUGGGAUCAUAAAGCUGCCCUUCCAACAUAGUCUAGCCCCUAUGGGGCUGAGCACAAAGCCACCAAUUCCCCUGGUGGAAUUAUUCAUUUGCCUUUAGGAUGGUCCAAUUUUCCACUGAGAAACCUGUUCAACAAGGAUUGUCAUUGAGUUACAUUGUGCAGGCUAAAUCUGAAUUCUUCCAGUUUUGAAGAUCUUAUACAGGGCUUCAUCCCAUUUUCUCAGGCACCCCCAAAUUUUACCAUGAAUUCCUUCCCUUCCAAAAUGUAUGCUUGGCUACUCCUUGAUCAGAAAUACAACAAAGGGACCUUUGUAUAGGGCCCUGUCUUUUAUUCACUUUCCUAUAUUUCAGGGCCAGUUCUCCCAAGGUCAUUUCUCAAAUCCCAGAUUCUCAGAGCCAAAAGGAACCUCAAUUCUCUUUAUAGCAUAUCUGACUAGAGGUCAUCCAGUCUUUCCAUGAAAGGGAACUCGCUACUUUUGAGACAUCCCAUUACCAGAUAGUGCUAAUUGUUAGGAAGUUUUUUCUUCUAUCAAACAUAUUUGCUUCUUUGCAAUUUCCAUUUCUUAUUCCUAGUUCUCCUAUCUGGGAUCAUCCAGAAAAAUUGUCUAAUCCCUCUUCCACAUGACAGACUUGCAAAUACUUGAAGACAGCUAUUAUAUUCCUUCCAAAACUUUUCUCUACACUAAACAUCCCAAGUUCUGUCAACUGAUCUUCAUGUGACAUGAUCUCAAAUUUCUUCACCAUCCCCUUUAUUGGACACUUUCCAAAGAACGGUUUAAAGUUUGUCAGACAACUGAAUCCAGCAGUCCAGAUAUGGCAUGACCAAGGUAUAUUUGAAAGUAAUUCUCCAUGCCCAAGCCCUGGUUACUCUGCUUCUCAGUGCAACUCAAGAUUUGGUGCUUUUUCACAUUGUACACUUUUGAUGAUUUUACAAUUCCCUAAAAUUCCUUGCCAUUUUUUUUUUUCAGACGAACUACUAUUGGCUAUGCUUUUUUAUUUGUGAAAUUAGUUUUUGAGUCCAAAUAUAGGAUGUUACAUUCCCUCCAUUCCUUUCAUUAAUAGUUAACUUAGUGUUCUGUCCCAUUGAGAAUUUUUUUUAGAGCCUUACUUCUGUGAUCCAACAUGGCAGUGUUUUGCCUCAACCCUAUCCUUUGCCAGGGAAUAAUACAAAGAAAGAUGCUGGGACUAUUCUUUAUUUCCUCAUACUGGAGACUGUGGCUCCAAGACCACCAAGUUUCCAUAUCUGAUUUUUCUUCAGUAAGCUCUUCUAGUAGUAAAAUGAGUGACAGUAGCCAUUAACUUGAUGGCUGUGUACAGUUUCAAUUUAAAAGGAUCCUGAACCUAGGAGUUUUCCAAGAUUGUCUGAAUUGGAAAAAUACCAGAACAGAUAUCUCCUAACAAUCAUCACCACAGGGUUUAAGGAUUAAGUAUAUCUGAUCCCAUAAUCCCUGUGAGAAGCUUCCUGGAAUUUGGAGUGUCAUGCUGUAGUAACCUAGGGAGAGAUAUUUUUAUCUACUUUCUCUGUUCUGUCCAAACUGAGUAAGGCAGAUAGAUCUUUGCCUCUGACCAGAUGAGCCCAAGGCAUACUUAUUCUUAGCAAAACUAGAAGAACAGAGAUUUGAGAGAAGGGAUGAGAAAGCCUGAAGGAGGUAUCCCUGGUUGGUCGAGGCUUGGGAAUAAAUGAAGGAACCUACUAGUGAAUUGAACAAGUGGCAUGAGGGACUGAAAUCCCUGUAUCUGAGAAUGCCUCUGAAUCAGUGAAUAUAGGAGAAUGUGAACUAAGACACACACACACACACACACACACACACACACACACAAAUUGUUCUUUUCUCAUUAGGCAACUUCUAAGCUUCUCAGAAAUAUUUAAAUUUUCCUCUUCCAUAUGAGAAACUCAUCUGUCUGUUCUCCCAUCCUCUCCAGUUCUUGCCCAGUAGGUCUCAACUUUAAGGUCCUUUGUCUAUCUGGAUCAGUAGAAGUUAUGAGUUUAUUUAAUGAACUUCUCCACUGAAGACUAUGAUAGAAGAUGACCUGAUGCUAAAGACCAGGGUUCCAAACAGAGGCUACACAAACAUGUUGUGGGGGAGCUUCUGGCGCAGGGUGAGAGCUAGGAAUAGAUGACCUCUAAUCAGACUUCUUAUGACUGUAGAAGCUGAUUUUACUCCUCUGGGCUUGAAGGCAGAUUGCAGACUUUGUUGUACCAGGAGAGCAAAGAUCACAGGCCUGAAGAGUCAGCUCUUAGAGCUUGCCUCUGAGACUCAUCUGUUCCCUCUGAAGAUUCUAGAACUCAGUAGCUAUUGCUUAAACUUUGGGACCUGUAAGAAGUAUGCAGAGAAUGCUGAGUUGUAAACAGGGUUCACAAUAGUUUCACUAGGAGUUUAUUGCAGGAAGAAAAAAAUAUAGUUGUCAUUUUUCUUCAGGAAUCAGCCCAGAUCUUCCCAAACUCCUGCUCCUUCCAUCCUUAGUUUUCUCAAAUUGAUGUCAGACUUUGUGAGGCUAGGACCAACUAUCUGCAUCUAAGUUGCCCCUUCUUUUGAUCAAAAACUCCCAAAUAUCUAGGAAGGGAUGAAGCUUUCAGGUCCCUUAAAUAGACUUAGCUAUUUCUGCUCAGAACCAAUAAUCAACUCCUAUUGUGGCUUUCACCAACUACCUAUGGUUAGUUUCUUUGAGACUCAGUUUCCUUAUUUAUAAAGUGGGCCCUUCCAGUUCUCACAUUCUACAACUCCACUCCUCAGAAUUCCUGACCAGCCCUGCUAAGCAUCUCAUGACCUUCACCUGAUAUCUCCUGGGCUUGGUUAUCGUGUUCUCUUCCUGAUUAUAAUUUGCCUUCCCCCUUUUCAGCUUAAUAACCAGGUUGUAUGGUUUGAGUGCUCCAGAGACCCAGAAUUUGCAAGUCACCUUUCUGUGGUCAAUCGGGUUCAGUUCUAUUGCUCCCCAUUUCUGCAGCUGGGAAAUUUGACAGGCUCAGCUAAGUUUUGCUGACUUAAUGCUGCAAUCCUUGUAAUUUGAUUUUCAGAGUGAAUGUGUUCUCUUGACUCCAUUUUUCCUGAAUGUAAGUGAAUCAAACCACAAGAUAUCCCUCUGACUGAAGCCACUAGAACAGAGGAAAAAAGCAGGCAAUGAUAGUGAUGAUCCCACCUGCCCUUGAAACAGCCCCAGUCAUUAGGGUUCUGGGAAAGAGAAGGAAACAAAAAUUAAGGAGCUCCUGUUUGUAUAGUUAGAGUGAUAUUUAAAAUUGAACUAGAUUUUGGAGAAUUUAUUAACUAAAAAUGUUAUGGUAGGUAUUUAAAGAAAAACUCAUGAGACUAGUCUUAUAAGAAAAAUCCCCAGUUAUAAUUUUUUCUUACCCAGUGGGAACUUAGUGGGUGGUCUGGCCUCUUUGGCCAACUAAUGAGCCCUUACAUUAGUUACAAGUAGUAACACUAGGAAUUAGGAAGGGUGCUUUGGAAAGGGCAUAUCUGGCAAGGUGGACACUAAGGAAGGACUUUUCUUAGCCUUGCCUUGGUCUGGGUUAAAGAAAAAAGUUCUCCUAAAAUGACCAUCCACUUAACUACCAGAUGUUUGGUGGAAGAAGAAGACACUACCUGGGAAAAAACGCAUUUUCCCUACUGAGCGGGGGACAAUGAGGGGCACUUCAGUUUCCCUGAUACUAGGCUAAGAAAGCUGUCAGGACUGGUUGAAAUGGGACAGAAGGGGGCUUAUCAAAGUCAGAAUAAAGAAAAAGAAACUGGGAGCCAGUCUAUAACACUCUAUUAUUGUUAUGGACUUCAAUCUCAACCUUUGUAAAACAGUUAGACUUUUGAUAGCCCAAAAGAGACUUUGACUUCAUGGGUCAAACAAGUGUUGGAAAAUUGUGUCUCUGGAAAGCUGGAAGUUUUCAAGGCAUGGAAGUUGUGUAAGUAAACUGAAGACCUUUAGUUUCUCAUUAAGGAGGCCAAACACACAGGACUAAGGACAAUUCAAAGGCCUUAAGGUAUUUACAUAUUCCUGAAAGCAACAGAUGUGCACAAACCACAGGAGAAUUUCAGUGUUAGUGGGGUUCCUCUGUGCUCCUCCCCCGAAAAAAACCCCCAGCUCAUUUUGUGAUUGAAAUUCUCCUCUGCCCCAUGCUCCUGGAUAUGCUACUUACUCUUAUCUUCCUUCCACUUGGAUCCCUUUCUGUGUUUGGUUUCUGUUUGGAAUUGUAAAUGUGUAGCUGUGACCAUGGCAUACUGUUUGGGUCAAUGUUCCUUUCCAAUGCAUACUAAUAUAUAUUAUGGUUAUUAUAUAUGAAUAUAUUUAAUGACAUGGGAAAAAUUGUGGAUUUUUUUUAUUGUUGUAAUUUUUAGAGCUUCAAUGGAACCAGAUGGAGCUUGUAAUGUGGGCCCCCACUUGGUAGAACUAAAUUCAGAGAGCAGUUGAAUAAACUCUUGUACACUGUC